UGUAACGAAUACUACGAUAAUGUAACAGGGGUAGAACUCGCGACGCUUGAAAACAUUUAUUAUCUAAACUAAAAUUUAUCCUUUCGCGUAUAUUUAAUAAAUAGACUUUUCUGAAAUAGACAGAAUAAAAAAAGAAAUAACAACAAGGAUUUUUUGGUUAGCGUUGGCCCAAAAACUUCGCUCUGGGGUUUUCGGUUAUGAUCGUUUCUAUCAAUCGUAAAACACGUCACAUAAUGGACGCUGUGGUUUACGCUUCUGUGAGGAGUGCUUACAGUGUUUUCAUGGGAAAAAAAGCAUAAUUUCCUGUGCGAGUCUCCUGUGUAUUUCGUGUGGAAAUGAUAGAAAUAGUUAUUGAACCUGUAUAGUAAUCAUUGAGCAUUCUUGCGUGAGGUGCGAAGUGUGUAGUGAAGAACGAUUGUGCACGUAAGUGUGUACGAGCUGCCUAAAAGGGCUUCCUAACAUCAAGGACUUAUGUUUCAAAAACCAUGAACUUUUUUGAUAAAAUCAAUCACGGAAACGAUGGUUUCGAGUAUGUUUUGUGGUGCUGAUAUUGCUAAGUAAAAAUUACUGUUCACAACGGACUUUUCUAGGCAUAGCCUUCGCGUUUCAAAAGACUGCAUAGAGACGUCAAGUAAAACGAGCUCGAUGUGUCGUCUAACAUAACAGAAUAAAAACAUCAAAGACUUCUCGCCUUUCUACAUUAACAGGCUAAAAAAUAAUAACACAAACAGCAUACUUUAGCAAGACCAAACCAUCAGCAUGUAACAAACUUUACCCAUAAACUUUUAUGCACAAAGUUUGACAAUGCUACUCGUUUUACAUACAGCAACAAGAAUUGUGUACUCCACUCUGUUAAAUUACAAAAAGGGAAACCCACCAGGGGUUUAAAGCGUAUUCUUUAUUUUUAAUUAGUACAUGGACAUACGUAUAUACUCGAGCAUUCUAAAAAGAGAGGAAAAAAAAGUUGUUUUUGUUUGCUAAACAUUGUUUCUACAGAAACAGAAACUUUUGCGCUAUUAGGCAUAACUUGUAUCUACCUGCAGCAAGAAGCACUCUUAAGUUUUGUGAAAAUAGUAGACGUAUAUAGGAAACUUCUAUGAAACUUGUAAAUGUUUCGAUUAAACAGCAUAAGGACAAUCUUAACGUCAAAGUUUUCAACGAAUGGACUUUUCAAUCUCUUACUACAGUGACGUUAAAUCGGAUUUUACAUGUGAUCCUCUGAACUUUUCUUCUUAUAUACUAAAAAUGUUACUGCAUUAUUUUCUACCGUGUAAUUGUUGUAAGAUAAAAGGUUUAAAGGCACCAGAACUGCAUUGGCUUCAUGCGAGAAAACCCGAAAAAUCCAGAAACGCAAAGCCUGGAUGAUGGGAUAAACAACAAGAUACUUUUGAGCCUUAGUGAAAGUGAAUGUCAAAUAAAAAGUGAAAUUAUGGACAAUAAUACAGAUGGGGACAACUUAAAUUUGAGCUGCGGAGAAAAUGACAUAGUGGACGAAUUAAAAAUUGCCGCCGAUGAAACGUACGAUACCCGUAGCGAGGUUUCAUCUAGCAGUUCGAAUUCUGAUUCUAGUCAACCCAGUAUAAGCUCCGUUUCAACGAAAUCGUCGCGCGGAGAUAACAAGCGUAAUCGGAAGAAUAGGGGAAAACGUGGAAGGUCGAGAGAUUCUAAAUCAUCUAGUCCAGAAACAAAACGUGCAAGAUCCAAGGAGAGCAAAGGAAUAGCUAAGAGCUACGAUUAUGCUACAAAAUUAAAUUACUUAUUUAGGGAUGCAAGAUUUUUCAUCAUCAAAUCGAAUAAUGCCGAAAAUGUCACGCUCUCCAAGGCCAAAGGUGUAUGGAGUACGCUGCCCCAAAAUGAAGCUAAUUUAAAUCAAGCUUACAGGGAGUCAAGGAAUGUUCUACUUGUUUUUUCUGUAAAGGAAUCAGGAAAAUUUGCUGGGUUUGCACGACUUUGCACAGAGUCUAGAAGAGAUGGAGCACCUAUUUCCUGGGUGUUACCUCCUGGUUUAUCGGCUAAAGCUUUAGGUGGUGUAUUUAAAGUGGAUUGGAUAUGUAGGAAAGAAUUGCCAUUUACGGCAACGUUACACUUGUAUAAUCCAUGGAAUGACGGUAAGCAAGUGAAAAUUGGCCGAGACGGGCAAGAAAUCGAGCCUAGAGUUGCAGAAGAAUUAUGCAGGUUGUUUCCAGAGGAUGAAGGUAUCGAAAUGACUCCAAUUUUAAGAAAAUCUAAGGAAGCAGCGAAACAUGUCACAAAAUCGUCUCGUUCGUAUCGGGACAACAGACCUGUUAAUAACAGUUCUAGGUUUUUACGAUCGAGAGGUGGUAGGGGACGUAGACUCUUCCUAACCUCGAGAUCUCGUUUAGCUUCUUUAGCUAGGGGAUCUCACUUAGGUGGGAACGAUCAUAGAGCAUCGAGGGAUCAUCAUCAUCGAUAUGCUAGUUGGUUCAAUCGCGGCGAUUCUCCUUAUUCAAAGGGAUACGGUAGUCCUGGAUUAGGUGUAGCCGCGGCAGCUGAAGCAUACGUAGCAGAUUACAUGCGUACUAUGCAACAUCAAUUACCUCCGUUGCCUCCUUAUGCUGCACCUCAUCCGUAUGAUUCUCUACCUCUGCCACCGCCACCACCCAGGUAUUACGACGGACUACCACUGCCACCCGAUUAUAGUGCAGCCGCUUCUGCACUUGAAAAACGCAGCUAUGAAAGAAGUGUAGAUGAAUUUUUAUGGAGAACGGCUAGUCGGCAUAGCCGACAUAGCGAUCAUCGAUCCUCGCGGGAUCAUCACAGAUACAGGGAUCGUAGAUAAGACAUUUUUUAAUAUCGUUUUCAUCCAUUUAUACUUUCAUUUUUCAAUUCAUGCACAUAUUUUGCACAUAUGCAGGGCUUUCAAGGUAUCGCAACACUUACGAUCAUGCAACAAAUGUUUAAUCACAUAGUUAUUUUGUAUUAGUGAUACAAAUUAAAAUAGUUUAAAGUUUUUAAAUGUACACGUAUACAUUUAAAGAAAUGUGUAACUUUUAACGUAAUUGAAACACUAUGCGUGUUUUAAUAAAAGUGUCAUACUAAAAAGCAUAUAAAGUGCUUUGUAUGUGUAAUAAUCAUGAAUGAAAAUUGGAUACUUAAUUCGAUUAAUUUUUUGUUCACGUAAUACAUAGUACAAGAAAGUAAAUAACGAAUAUAUGAGAGAUAAAAAAAAAAUCGAAUUUCACAAUGAUUCACAAUCGAUCGAAUCCUAUAUUAUUUGCAUUUAGCAACGAAGAAGAAUAAUUUGUACUGUCGAUUCAGUAGAAUUUAUUUUCUUGUUAAGUUUUUCUAUCUCGUACGAUAUAAGUAUUAUUUAUAUAUUUUUGUAAUUCUUACAUGUAUAAAUAGUUUUGCUUAUAUACAUAUACAUAAACAUUCAAUUGUGAAUCAGUGUGACUAUUUCUGUAAUCGUGUUUUUGUAUUAAUAUUCGAAUUUCCAUAAUCAAAUUUGAAGAGACAUAUAUACAAUUUCAACAUAUGCCAUUCUAAUAAAUAAAUAAAAAAAAAAAAAUACUUUUGCAGCACUUCGAUACAAUACAUUAUAAAAUAAAUCAUUAAUAAUUCUUCCAGUUGCUGCAAUACAAAUUUUGUAUAAACAUUUGUAAUUGUUCAUUUCAAAAGAGAAUAUUUUUGUUACAGUCGUCAAUAUAGGUCACUUAUAAAUUACAAGUAAUUAUUAAAUCA